UUUUUUCAUGCACUUAUCAUUCAUAUUUGCCCUAUUUCGUAACCAAUGGCAAAAGCCGUUGAUAGAAUGUGAGCGCCUGGCGUUCAAUUACCAGUAGUAGCCAUUUCUGCCUUGCUACACACACACCGCACACAUACUUAGGUCAUGUGUACCUCUUUGAAAAGCCAUAUAUGUCUCAACUUCCAUUUUUUUUAUCCCCUUCACUCCCUAAAGUCAAUGUUAUGACUGAUCACUAAACAAAAGGAGUUUCUGCACGGUUGUUCCAACUGCUAGAUGUAGCAGACAAACUCCUCUCAACUCACGCACGUGCUGCCAUCUUAAACAAAAAAGGAUAGAGGACACAUUGGAUACUAUAAUCUGGGGUACACUAUACCUAUAAAACAGAAACUGGAAUGGUCAUUGCUGGGAUACCUUUGAUCAUUUUCUAUUCUUGAUCAGAGCCGAGUUCAGGUUAAACAACAACUACAACCUCACUCUUUUAUUAUAAAAUACCGCGAAUUAAAGCAUGCGAUAUAAACACUAUGCCUGAAAAAAAAUAAACAGAAUGGCCAUGGCUGGAAUGCCUUUAAUCAACUUGUCUGCUAGAUAGGUUCCGACAUGUGGCUAAGCACCAAAAGCCACAAACAUUUCUUAUCAAAUGCCUGCAAUAAUAUAUAAAUAUACAUAAAUAUUUAUUUUUACUCUUAGUAAUAAAUAUGAUUUCUAAAUACAUAAUCUCGUUAAAGAAAUAUCAUAAUAACCUUAUUAAAAAUUACAGGCAUCCCAUUAAGAAAAAAAAAAAAGAACGGUUAUUGUGUUAAACUGAAAAUAUUUGUUUCAACUACUUUGACUGAAUAUCACUUAAUUUAGGUUUUAUAUAUAUAUAUAUAAACAUAAAUAUAUAUGUAUGUAUAUGCAAUGGUUUUUCUAGAUAUGUACAAAAAAAUAUCUUUCGCAUAAAUAUCUACAGACACAUAAAAAAAAAAGUUAAAAGAAUUACAUUGCUGAUCUUUAUUAAAACUAAUUUGGUUUGGCAGCAAAAUAAAGAACCUAUAAGAGCUGGGUCACCUUAGAUUCCAUGCCCAAGAAAUCUGUUCCUACAUAAUAAAGUGAAAUUAUAUCGAAAAAUUUAAAGAACCUUAAAACUAUAAUAUUUGUCUUCUCCAACGGGUUUUGCUAUUUUGAAGAAAAAUAAUCUGGAGUCUUCAAAAAGAGUCAUGUAGCAGUACAAUCUUCAGUUUCAGCUCUUACGAUAACAAGAGAUAAGGAAUAAAAGCCAAAAUGUAUCCCUAUCAGAUGCAGAAGACUAAGAGAUUAAUCCCUGUUUUUCAGCAAGAACCUUCCUUGACAUUGAUACACCAAUUAAAAACGUUGUGGACAUGUAAGAAAACGCUCAAUGUUUGAACCCUACAACAGCUGGCUCUAUCAGUUAUGAGAGGGGCAAUUCUGGCACCAGUUUGUAUAUUGCUCACCUGCUUUCACUACUGCCUGUGUGUCGACCUCAUUUAUCAUGUUGAUGAAAGUCAGGAGGCAGGUAGCUUCCUGGGCGAUAUAUCUGCUGACAUACACUUGCAUGAUAGCAUCACUCUACAAGAUCGUAGAUUGAUUAGUUUUAGUCAGUUGUCAAAGAAAGGCACAGCUGUAUCACAGCUAUUCAAUGUAACCAGGAGUGGAAAACUCUACACGGGACAAGCAUUCGAUGCAGAAUCACUUUGUAUAUACAACACAGAAUGUUACAGGAUGGUAGAUGUUGCCGUACAAAAAGCAGAUAUUUUCAUGAACAUAUUAAAAAUUAAAGUUAUUAUAAAGGAUAUCAAUGAUCAUGAACCUCGUUUUCAUAGUAAGCAAAUAAACCUAACAUUUUCUGAAACUGACCGAAGUGGAACUAAAAAGUCCAUUCCAAAUGCUAUUGACGAUGAUGUUGGGGUUUUAAAUUCUCAAAUUACAUAUCAACUCAAAAGAGAACCCAAUUUACCAUUUGAAUUAUCAAUUUCAGAAAAACUAGAUGGCACAUCAAAACUUGGAAUAAUAUUAGAAGAGACAUUAGAUAGAGAAGUACAAGACGUAUACCAUGUACAGGUCAUUGCAAAAGAUGGAGGAUCCCCACCCAAACAAAGUAUUUUAAAUGUUCAAAUAUUUGUACUUGAUGUAAAUGAUAAUUCACCUGUGUUUACUCGAGAUAUUUACAAUGUUUCUAUCAAGAGAGAUCACCCAUCAAAUAUUCCAGUUGCCGUUGUGAGUGCAACUGAUUCUGACGCGGGAAAAAACAGUCAAGUUUCAUACCAUUUCAGCUCAAAAACAUCUGAUAUCGGGAAGGCACAUUUUGAAUUGAAGGAAACCAGUGGGGAAAUUUUCCGCCGGAGAAAUAUAACAUCAGAACAAAAAUUAUUUUAUAAAUUAUUUGUAGAAGCUGCAGAUGGAGGAAGUCCACCUUUAAGUUCUAUUGCAUUGGUUCUCGUAUAUGUGAUCAACCAACAAAACAAUGCUCCAAGUAUAGAUGUCAAUUUUGUAUCAGCUUUAGCGGAAAACACUGUUACUGUAUCGGAAGGUACUAAAGUCGGAAGUUUUAUUGCUUAUAUAAAAGUCACCGACAAUGACAGCGGCAAGAAGGGUGAGGUGAGCUGUGAGCUAAAACACAGUAAAUUCCAACUUUUAAGUUUAGGUUCAAAGGAAUAUAAAGUAAUUCUCAAAACUUCAGUAGACAGAGAAGUUGAAGAUCUUCAUAAUAUAACAAUAUCAUGUAGAGAUAAUGGGUCUCCACCAUUAACAACAGAAAGUAAAUUUUCUAUCCAAGUAAUGGACGUCAAUGAUGUCCAGCCGCAGUUUACAAAAGAUGUAUUCAAAUUUUUGACCUAUGAAAAUGAGGAGGCAAACUUUCCUGUAGGGUUUAUCAAUGCUACUGACCCUGAUUUAGGGCUUGGGGGUCAACUUACAUAUUCUCUGCUAUAUAAAAAUAAUAAAGUGCUUCCGUUUAAAAUUACAAAUGAAGGAUUAAUUCUAACAACAAGAACAUUAGACAGGGAAGUAGAAGAAAUAUAUGAAUUUCAAGUUUUCGUCAAAGACAAUGGAAAACCAUCAUUGAAUAAUACAGCAAAUGUCAUUGUUGAAGUCAUGGACGAAAACGAUAACGCCCCAUAUUUUAUCUUUCCAAAUGUUGAUCCCUUUAACUUAGAUGUACACUAUCAUCCACAGAGUAAAAGUGAUAUCACUACAAUUAGAGCCUCUGACAGAGACGGUCAUGUCAACGCCUUUCUUACAUAUGAAAUAAUUAAAGGUAACAAUAAACACUUGUUUGCAAUUAACCUACACUCGGGUGUAUUAUCUUUCUCUCGUAAAGUUUAUCAAAAUGAUAUAGGGACAUAUGAACUUCAAUUUCUUGUAAAAGACAGUGGCAUUCCAGUUUUAUCAGCUACGACCACCAUGACGCUGACAUUAACAGUCAGUAAUGAAACUACUAGAAUGCUAACGAAUCUUGAAUUGCAGUCAGAUAAUAAAAUACAUCUUAAUUUAGUAAUAGCCAUUACAUCCAUUGCAGUAGUGGUGUCAAUUGCAGUUGUAGUUUCACUAACGCUAUGCAUUGUCAGAUGCAAUAAUAUGAGGAAUGCUUCUUACAGAGCAGUAGAGAACCUUUCCAAUCAAUCUCGGAAUGAAAUGCGGCAUUUAAUGUCUCAGAUUGAUAACCCAGUUAUUGUUACAAGGAAUCCGAAGGAAAUGAGAAGUAGAAAUAUACAGCUCGUUGGCUCAAAAAGUCAGCUCUUUUCUAGAGAUAUACUAAAAAAUAAAAAGGCCAAAAAAUUACCAACUGUCAAACAGGGCUACAUUGAGCAAAGAGCAAUGAUAUUCGGUUGUGAAAAGGGCAAUACUAGUAUGGCCCACAGUGCAACAUCAUCCUCUCACUUGGAUGGAGUACAUGACUCAAAGGAGAAAGACCUUGGACAUUAUGAGGAGAUACCAGCUGUCUAUGCAAAACGUGGAUGUCCUAUAUCUGGCAAAGAUAGAAAGCAAGACAAAAAAGGCAACCAAAUAUAACGUGCAUGUAAUCACUGAUGAAAUGCAAGUCUCCACAUAAACACCGAAAAUGUAAAUAACUAUUUCAGUGACCACAUAAGUCAAGCAACUGUGAAUUUUUGCAAAUUUUGAAUGCUAAUUAUUUAACUAACUAAACAAACAAAGUAAUUACAAACUAAUAAAAUUUAUAAUCACAUACAUAUGAAU